CGAGGGUUUGGGGGGUUUAUAUCUUUCUACAGCAUCUCACCCUCUCUCUCUCCGUCUCAAAUUAUCAAAAUUCCAUUUCUUCACUGAGAAAUGCGUUGAUUUCGAUCAAUGGAUCAUGAAGCGAUUUAAUUUUGAUUUGGGUUUGGCUUCAAUGAAUUGAUUCUUACAAGUUCCAGCAACAGCUCUAUUCAUAUCUCUCUUCCAGGAUAUUCUGUACAGGUGGUGUGGCACAGUAGAUUUCUUCCUUGGCAAAAAUACUGCGGCGGCUAUGCAGAAUCUUCACCGUGUUAUAUCCCGUCUUUCCUCAACUUCACUUGGCACAAGCACGAGCGCAGCAAAGUUUCUGAGAGAGAAAAGUAAACCCACUUUGGGAAACAAUGAUGUGCUUUCAUUGAAGAAUGGUACUGAAGCUUCUCAAUUUAUCACCUCCCGUUUUUUUUCUUUCAAAUCUGGAGGUGAUGGUGAAAAUAAUGGCAAAGAUACAUUUAGCAAUAAUGCAUCCGAUGAUUUGGGUUGGGAUUCUUUAUCCGCAUGGUCGACUGGAUUGACCAAGGAGCAUUUUGAUGGGGAGGUGGCUGGCAGACCGAAAAGUGGAGAUGACACAUCCCAAUCUUCAGUCAUCUCUGGUCUGCAAGAGAUUGAAGAUAGAAUAAAGGAACUGGAGGAAGAGAACCGGAAAAGUAAGCGGUUUGUGGAUGGAUGGGGAGAGAGAUUAAAAGAGGUAAGUGCACUUUUGAAGCAAGUGCGUGAGCCGGGUGCAAGGGGGUCUUAUCUCAAGGACUCAGAAAAGGCUGAGAUGUAUCGGUUGCACCAGGAAAAUCCUGAGGUUUACACUGUUGAGCGGCUGGCCAAGGAUUAUAGAAUUAUGAGGCAGAGAGUGCAUGCCAUUCUUUGGCUCAAGGAGCUGGAGGAAGAAGAGGAAAAAAAGCUUGGUCGUCCUUUAGAUGAUUCUGUUGAGCUCCUGCUUGACACCUGUCCUGAAUUUUUCAAUUCUCAUGACCGUGAAUUCCAUGUCGCUUCCCUUCCUUACAAACCUGACUUCAAGGUUAUGCCAGAGGGUUGGGAUGGUACCACCAGAGAUUUGGACGAAGUCCAUUAUGAGAUCUCCAUGAAAGAAGAUGAAAUGCUUUAUCAAGAAUUUGUCCAGAGGAUGAACUUCAACAAAAAGAAAAUGAAAGGGGAGGUUUUCUGCCACAAGCAUAGUCGUCGUCGUACUUCGGAUGGGUGGAACUUUACAGUGGAGAAACUAGGACCCAGAGGAAAGCGUGGAGGUGGUGGUGGCUGGAAGUUUGUAAGCCUGCCAGAUGGUUCCAGCCGACCACUGAAUGAAAUGGAGAAAAUGUACGUGAAGCGAGAAACACCCUGCCGCAGACGCAAGAUCCUUCCCUGAUCAUGAAGUCUUUUGUUAUUGAGUUAGAUGUUACUUAUAAGAAUAUUUGUAGUAGUUGCAAAUUGUGUGUUCUGCUCCAUCUGCAUUUCUACCAUUGUUAAUCAUAGACCUUUUUAUCAGAUUUUUGGCAUUGUAUCUUUUGCUUA